UCCCGUUUCCCUGUUGCUCGCUGAUUGGUGAGCGAGACCCCUCACGCGUUCUCUCCUCUCUCCUAUUGGCUGCCGUUUCCCGCCUCUGCUGCCUGCAGGCCGCUCGUGCCAGGGGGCCGCAGCCCUCUCAGAGCCGCGAUGGCGGCGAGCAGCGGCGGCUCCCUCUUAGGCAGUGCCUCGACGUGGCCCUUGAAGCGCUACGGCCGCUUCCUGCCCCCGACGGACAGCGAUGAGGAGCAAACCGCCUCUUCCUGGCAGGUUUUUGAAUCAAAUGAAGAAUCUGGUCAUCUUAUCCUUACCAUUGUUGUAUCUGGCCAUUUCUUUAUUUCCCAAGGGAGAACAGUACUGGAAGGCUUUUCAUUAAUUGAUUGCCACAAGUGGUUAAAGAUAGUAAGAAGAGCAGACUGCCUGCUGCUUUGUGCAAAGUCAAAGAAUGAAUGCCGCAUGUUUCGAGUUCAGUUUGGUGGAGAUUCAAAACAACAGAUGUUGGAACAUUGCUGCAGUUGUGUUCAGAAACUUGCGGAGUACGUACCGGUUCAAGUAACUGACGAACAAAGCCAGAACCUUUGUCACAGUCUCAGUGGUGGAAGUCAAGUGGAAGAUGCUGAACAAGUACUACAUGUACCAGAUGAGCCUCUACCAGAUUCCUACACAAGCCUUGGAGAAAGAAGAUCUGUAACACAGCUAGCACAGGUAAAAAGAAAAAAUAAAUCUAACUUGGAUCCUGUAACUGAAUCUCUCAUGCAUAGAGAAAAAGCUCUCUCAUAUGCUGUAAACAUCUGGUAGGUGUCUUCACUGAAUAUCAGGAUGCUACCAAUGCUGCCGUCUGUACCAACAAAAACACUGGCUCUAGUGUAAUGAUCUGGAAUGUAGGAAAUAAGCUGCAAAACCAGAGAUUUCACGGUGUAAUUGUACCAUUUGCCUAAGAACAUGCUGCUGCACCAAGAGCAAACAAAUACCCAGGGGUCACUUAAAAAUAAAUGACUGUCACUGACUCUAGAGAUAUUAUCUCUACUUAGCUUAAGUCUGAAAACAUCAAUCAUUCUUGACCUACAGCAAGGGAUCCCAUAAUUCAAUUGACAGUUCAACCAAAAGUCCAGGGUAAAGCUGUGCUUAAAAUUAGUGGGAGUUAAAUGUUGCUAUUGUGAAUUCGGGACAGCACAGAACAAGACAAUUGGAGA